GCAUUAUGUAAUUCCUAGCCAGGCUUUUCCCGGGCAAGCUCAACCAAUCAUAAAUAACUUAUUUCAUUCGGUCCUCGGCAAUGAACAUGUGGGAAAUGUGGGAAAUUCGCAUUCCUUUGAUUCGAACGCAUCAUCGUCGGCCUCAAAUUCCACUCUACCGUUAAUACCGUUAAACGUUAAACAAUACUUCUUCUCUUCUCCCACCCCCGAUACGUAUCAGGGACCUAGAGACUAGUUGAGCGAAGACAGAAUAACGUCGAACCAUCUCCUCGUCUCUCUCAAUGGCUUCCCUCGUUCGCCCCGUGCUGCUCCGGCAGACAGCUUUAGCCGCCUCGACCCGACGAUCCGCAACCGCCACAUUCUCCAGACAGCAGCUAAUCCGACCGACGGUUUCGAAAGAUGUCGCGCGCGUUGCUGCCUUCCACGCUUCUAGCAGAAGAAGCCUGUUGCCUCCGGGACCUCAGGUUAUCAAGGGAUCCGUCAACGACCCAGCGCCGAUCCCUGAGACUAACCCCUCCCAUGGCUCGUACCACUGGACCUUCGAGCGUCUCGUAGCCGCCGGUCUCAUCCCGCUUACCAUUGCGCCCUUCGCCGGCGGUUCGCUAAACCCCGGCCUUGACGCAAUUCUAUGCUCUCUAUUGCUAGUCCACAGCCAUCUUGGCUUCCAGUCCGUCCUUAUCGACUAUAUUCCUAGCAGCCGCUACCCCAAGACCCGCAAGGCCUCUAUGUGGCUCCUCAACGCCGCCACCGCCCUCGUCGGUGUUGGCCUAUACGAAUUCGAGACGAACGAUGUCGGUCUAACCGAGGCUGUCAAGAGAGUCUGGAAGGCCCAAGCUUAAAAUCAAAACUUGGGAAGAGAGAAAUGAGUAAGAAUUACCUCGACUAGGUGAAGUCGAAGCGAGUGUUGUAUGAGCGAUGAAGAUACGAGGAUGAAGCAUUACUUGAAGGCUCGAAGAAGAGGGAGCAAGUCGGAUUGUGUGAAGCUACGUGACAUACCGCCACGAAUUCCUUUGUAUUGGAUCGUGCUUAUCUGUUGGAACAGCUGGGUUCGGAAUAGGCGUAGAAGACUAGCAGACUUGCUCGUCCGUGUAUCCAGUACAACUAGUAUAUAUAGAACUGUUCCUCGCCUAUUCAAUUAUACGCAC